AAGCAGUUUUCAUACUGUACUGUCUUUGAUGUAAUGCAUUUAGAACUACAGUGCCUGUGCAUUUGUCAGGAGUGGAACUGCUAUUGACUACUACAAUAUAGCACUAGGGGGCGCUGUUUGGGCGUACAAUACUUUUCCUAGAGAUUUCCAGUGGGAGUGUUCUUAUGUCAACCCCUCUCCCGCCUGAUACCGACGGAUUUCUCCCUAUUCAAUUCGGAUAGUGUGUAGCUAGUAGUAGUAAGAAGGUUACGUUCAUGGUUUUUAACUUAAAAUCUUCAAAACAUCGCCCGUGAAAACGGUACCGGUGUUAUUCUGCGAAUAAAUCACUGCACGCUCGCGGAGGUUCCUUUGCACAGGUGAAACAACCAUUUUCCGCAUUGGUGGAGGAUUGCAUUGGGAUAUCAUCAGCUGAACGGGUCGAUUGAUAUUGGCUGGUAGAAGCAGUAAACCACAAACCAACCUUUCCGGCCAGUACCAAGUCCAAAGACAAAUCCACACAGAACUGGUCUUAACCCCUCAAACAGGUGUGACUGACCCGGUCAGGAGCUACUACUGCCCUGAGAGGCUCUCUGGAUCUCUACCUCUCAGGCUGCGUCCCCCAUCCCCACCUACCCAGGCCUGCGCUACAGUACCCCCUCCCCCAUCCCCACCUACCCAGGCCUGCGCUACAGUACCCCCCUCCCCCACCCCACCGUGGAACUUUGGAGCAUCAUCCUAGCCUGGAACACGUUAAGACUGCUAAGUGAUGAGCGAGUUCUGGUUGUGUUUCAACUGCUGUAUUGCAGAGCAGCCCCAGCCGAAGCGGCGGAGGCGCAUCGACAGGAGUAUGAUCGGGGAGCCCACUAAUUUUGUCCACACAUCCCACGUGGGAUCGGGAGACAUCUUCAGUGGCAUGAACUCGGUGAACUCCAUUCAAAACCAAAUGCAGUCAAAAGGUGGAUACGGCGGAGAGGCCAUGCCUGUGAAUGUGCAGCUGCAACUGGUGGACACAAAAGCAGGAUAACAUGGAGGGGCAGCUUCACGGUUCCUUCAUGUUGAUGUUUUUCAUCCUGGUCUCCAUGUCUGCCUUCAGUGACUGCUUCCCUCAUCCUCCCUCCCCAAUAUUGGACUAGGGGAUGAUGUUCGCCUCCUGUCCUUCCGCUCUGUCUGCCCUCCUUUGCUCCUCCCAAUGAGCCCACUAUCGACCCCCCCCUUCUCUCCGCCUCAGCCCUCUCAACUCUCCUCGCGCCACAAAUACAUGGACAGUUUUUGUCACGCCAUUGGAAUGAGGCUGCUCCCCCCCUCUGCCUGUCUGUCCAUCGGCCCUCUCCCACGGAGGACGACAGUCAAAAGGACAGCAGCGCUUCAGUUUUAGUGUACCUCACCCUUCCAACUUAAGCCAGACGCAAAAAGCAUGAUCCUCAUCUCUGCAAGUUCAAAGUGUAAAACGCUUCUUCUCUUCAAAUUAUUAUUUUUUGAUGUGAGUUUUUUUUUGGGGGGGGGGGGUCUGUGGGGUUUUGUCAAUUCAGUGUUUAAAGGUCUGGAACCUACAAGUACAAAAUGUAGAUUUUUGUUUUAUUUUUAUUAUUAACAUAUUUCUUUUUAUAUAUAGUUUUGUCUGGUUUGGCGGUCAGAAUGGUGGGUGACCACGUUUGUGAAAAGUGGCUUGCUAUGGCCCUUGGGUGCCAAAAUGUCUGUAGAGCAUAUGGAAUUAUAUUUUUUCUGCUGACGAAUAUUUUUUUUUUUUUUUUUGACUGCCUCAAGUGAAUUCCACUCCAAUAGGAAAUGUGAUUGUUACUUCGCUGUUGUUUACAUCGUUCCAGUUCCCAUUCCUUGUCUUUAUUUUCAUGAUAAUUGUUCAGUAGAACAAUAACUGAUGUUGAAAUGGCAUGAACUGGCAUUUCACUCGACAUUCUACUGUAAAUGUUUUGGUAAACUUGAUUUCAAUAAGCCUGGGCUAUAUGAGUAUAUGCUGUGCAGUAAAAUGUAAAGACCUUUAGCUAUGUGGUACAGUGCUGGCUACUGGUGGUACAGUGCUGGCUACUGGUGGUACAGUGCUGGCUACUGGUGGUACAGUGCUGGCUACUGGUGGUACAGUGCUGGCUACUGGUGGUACAGUGCUGGCUACUGGUGGUACAGUGCUGGCUACUGGUGGUACAGUGCUGGCUACUGGUGGUACAGUGCUGGCUACUGGUGGUGCAGUGCUGGCUACUGGUGGUGCAGUGCUGGCUACUGGUGGUGCAGUGCUGGCUACUGGUGGUGCAGUGCUGGCUACUGGUGGUACAGUGCUGGCUACUGGUGAACUAGCUACUGAUGGUACAGUGCUGGCUACUGGUGGUUAAGGACUAGCUUCUGGUGGUUAAGGACUAGGUACUGGUGUGGGUAACAGAAUCUAUAAAGCAUUCAAUGUUGCAAUCUGGCAUCGAGGCGAACCCAAACUCAAAGUUGUCUGUAAAAACUUGACCAUGUGGCCGAGUUCAUGAACUCAUGCACAUUCUAAGAGUAAAGAAUAACUUAUCAAAGCAAAUGUUAUCUUUUGUCUAUGAAAUUACUUGGUCAUUGAAGAUGCCUAGACAACUCCAAUGUUUGUGCAAAACAAAGGACAGUAUGAUUACCAUUGACACACAGGUUGACAUCCUACUGUUUAGCUCCAAGACAUUUUGUUCAGGUUCAGAGGCAUAUUUUCCAUUAUUUUAAACAUGACGCGUGUAUGAUAUUGCACUGGUGUUGUAAAUGGUUUGGGGUAGGAUAUGGUGUGGUCUAAUAUAGGGUGUAGUCUAUGGUUUGGGGUAGGAUAUAUGGUGUAGUCUAUGGGUUGGGGUAGGAUAUAUGGUGUAGUCUAUGGGUUGGGGUAGGAUAUAUGGUGUAGUCUAUGGGUUUGGGGUAGGAUAUAUGGUGUAGUCUAUGGGUUGGGGUAGGAUAUAUGGUGUAGUCUAUGGUUUGGGGUAGGAUAUAUAGUGUAGUCUAUGGGUUAGGGUAGGAUAGGGUGUAGUCUCUAUGGGUUAGGGUAGGAUAGGGUGUAGUUUGUAUGGGUUAGGGUAGAAUAGGAUGUAGUCUCUGUGGUUUAGCAUAGAAUAGAGUGUAGUCUCUAUGGGUUAGGGUAGGCUAGGGUGUAAUCUCUAUGGGUUAGGGUAGGCUAGGGUGUAGUCUCUGUGGGUUAGGUGUAGGAUAGGGUGUAGUAUGUAUGGGUAGGAUAGGGUGUAGUCUGUAUGGGUUAGGGCAGGCUAGGGUGUAGUUUGUAUGGGUUAGGGUAGAAUAGGAUGUGGUUUGGCAUAGGAUAGGGUGAGGUCUCUAUGGGUUAGGGUAGGCUAGAGGGUAGUUUAUGUAUUUAGGUAGAAUAGGGGGUAGUCUAUGGGUAGGAUAGGGUGUAGUUUAUGGAUUAGGGUAGAAUAUUUUAAGAAUUUUAACAAGAAGUAAAGAGAAAAUAUUCAAAAUCAAAAAAAAUGAAGUCUUCAAAAAGUCCUUUAAUUUAUCAAAUUAAUAAUUUGUUUUCAAUUGAUGCCUCUGUCAUUGAAAAUGUAAAUAAUGAAAUGGGGGUUUGGUUCACUUAUUUGGAUUAAAACUAAUACCAGUAUUGAUGAGGAAAGAAGAGUCACUGGGCCUCGAACUCAUAUAAUAAAAGUAUCACACUGAUUGUUGGCGGUCCUUCCCUCAAGUGUUUUGUUUGUAUAUACCAUAUUCCUUGUGUGCCACAACCUGAGGUAUUCUAAUUUAUUGUUUGUCUUUUGUAACUUUUUUGUACUCUUAGUUUAUUUCAGAUUGAUUGGAAUGUUCAACCCCCCCCCCCCCCCCCCCCCCCCCAAAAAAAGAAUUCACCAUAUGAUAAAUAAUUGUGGUAAUAUUUAUUCACCAUUAUUAGAAAUGUACUGGGGGGCGGGGGAGAGAGAGAAGUUUUCCCAAAUACUAAGUCUAAAUGAGAGUGUCAUACAAUGUUUUGUGACAACUGAAAAGCACAAGAGUGUGUGUUUGUGUGUGUGUGUGUGUGUGUGUGUGUGUGUGUGUGUGUGUGUGAACAAUAUGAAGUUUGCAAUACAAUGCGAGUGUCGGCCAAAGUGGUAUUGACCAGGGUACGUCAGCAUGAAUCUACUCUCAGCCAAUGCUCACCACAAAUGAAUUUCAACAUCAGGGAAUUCACUCUGCUCAGUAAUGUUAAUUUUUUUUGUUGUUUUACAUAUCUGAUGGGUUUUUUUUUGUGCUUUUUUUUUUUUUUUGUACACUUCCAUCCCUCAUGAAUUGACAUCCAGUGUUGGCUUGUAGAUUACCAAAUGUCUUCGGUUGAAAUAAAUAUUUUUUUUUCCAUGUUAUGUGA